AUGAGUGUGCCGAAGAAGAGACUCUUUGAAUUAAAUCGACUUUCUGCCAAGAUAUUUGAUCAGAAUUUCAAUCCACAAGGGUUAAGGACGGGUUCGAAAAUACUAUCGAGCAGACUAAAAGGUCCAACAAUAGCAAAUUAUUAUGGUAAUCCUGAUUUUUUGAAAUUUAAGAAUUUGAAAACCCUUUUUCCGAACUAUCAAUUUGUUGAUACAGAUGAACUUUACAGACUAUCAAAAGUGGAGGGUUUGAAGCGUCGUGGUAAGGGUCCCCCAAAAAAGACGAAAUCAGGUUCUACCCUUUCGAAGCCAACGAAACAUAAAUAA